UUUCAUGCCGCUGGUCCUCCAGCAUGAAGUUGAGCCCUCCGUAAUUAUGUAUAUAGUUUUUAACCCACACAAAUGUUAUGCUACAUUUUUAGGAUGUCUUAAAUUCGAGUAAGGUUUUAUUGUGUACAUUUGAAAAUGCAAAAAUGUACGUGCUUCGAAAGUUCUUAGUCUCUUGAGCCUUCUCUUGCAUGGCGCUGUGUGUAACCGUCUUGUGCCGCAGCUUUGCACCGAGUAUCGACGUGAGCGUGAGAGAGUAACGCGAGGGUAACCAGAUUUGGGUUGCGGAAAAAAGAGGACACCUCAUAUUUUCGAGGACGCCUGGGCAACAGUUUCUUGGCAACAACAGCUAUCAACUGUCAUUGUUUCUACUUUCUGAAGACGUCAGCAAUCACACGCUUCACUUCAUUUUUAGAUCCAAAAGCCUCCAGAAUGAGCAAGAAGCUGCUGAUGGAUGUGGACUGUGGUGUGGAUGACGCGCAGGCCAUCAUGUUAGCACUAGCCGCCCCCAACGUGGACCUGCUGGGAGUGACGUGCGUGCACGGAAACACCACAGUGGAGAACGUGUGCAGGAACACGCUGCGGGUUUUGCAAGCUUGUGAUCGGCUAGAGAUUCCAGUGUUUAAAGGUGCUGCCAAGCCCCUCCUUGGCAACACGAUGAACGCGAGCCACUUCCACGGGCUGGACGGCCUCGGAGACGCCCCUGACCCGAACGCUCCCAGCGUGGACCUGGUGCAGGACGAAGGCGCCGUGUCAGCUAUGAUCAGAAUUGUCAAUGAGAACCCUGGAGAGGUAUCACUGGUUGCCACGGCGCCGCUCACCAACCUGGCUCUGGCCGUAAGGUUGGAGCCGUCUUUGCCGAGCAAGCUGCGGGGGCUCUACAUCAUGGGAGGCAACACUGAAUCACGAGGGAACACCACAGUGUGCGGGGAGUUUAACUUCACAGCUGAUCCGGAAGCGGCGUACAUCGUGCUGAACGAUUACCAGUGUCCAACCUACUUGGCAUGUUGGGAGUUCACGUGCUACAGCAAGCUGUCCUGGGAGUUCUGUGACGCGUGGCUGGCGCAGCCUACACACAAAGCUCGCUUCAUGGCACGCAUCUUCCGCCACAGCAUCGAGGCGUCACUCGGCGAGCGCGUCCAGAAGGAGCUCGUGGGCGGCAGCGGAUUCGUUUCCUGUGACUCGUACGCCGCGGCCGCCGCCGUGGAUGACGCGUUAGUCACCGAGACCGACUGUUACCCGGUCAGCGUGGAGCUGACAGGCACGCACACGCGAGGCAUGAUGGUGGUGGACAAGGUGGGAUUGCUCAAGAAGACUCACAAGGCUCUUAUCAUGAAGAAGGUGGACAUGGAGAGGUUUAAGGAGAUGAUGAUGGCCGCCUUGAAAUAGUUCUUAAUGCUUGAAGAAUAGUCGAUUCCAUCCACCCGCCUCCUUUUUAAACGGAGUCACACUGAACUAGGUUAAUGUUUUUCUUCACAUGAAUAAAAUGAGUACACUGGCUCUUUUUUGAGAGGACGAUUAAGUAGUG